AAAUCAUGUGACCAAAAAUCAGAAUUUUAGGGAAACGUCCAUGCGUUCCCCCUUUUUGCCAAAAUCCGUAAUUAAUCGAUAAUCGAUUAAUCGUUUAUGUUACACGCAUUUAGUUAUACAUUUUACUUUAUAUACAGCUUAUUUUGUCGACAAUUUUCAUUAAGUUUCAUAAUCUUUGAACAGACUUGAACCCACCCAUCAGUGGGUCGGAAAUACAGCUAGUGCGUAAAAAACUAGAACUGGUCACUUCUUGAGCUCUUGGGAUUGUGUUCACAAGAAGACGCGAACAAACACACCAAAGGCAAUGGCAAGCGCACCCCCAUUGGAGACAACAACACUUGUGGGACAUCCACCAUCCUAUGAGGACACAACAGGUACAAGCCCGAACUACCCACCAGGAGGUCCGAUGCCCUAUCCUCCUGUUGAUACAAAGGCAUCUCUGCCUCCAUAUCCAACACAAGCCGAUGGCCAGAUGUAUCCAGCACCCCCACAAACUCAACCUGUCACCACCAGUCCUGUGGCCAUGCAGACUGUAUACAUGCAGUCUGGUCUGGGGUUUGGAGCUGUUCCGGUGCAGGCAUACUGCCCAGUAUGCACACAAAAUGCGGUAACUCACCUGCACUACAUAUCAGGAGCAUUAGCCUGGCUCUCUUGUGCAGGCCUGGCCAUUUUUGGUUGCAUCUGUGGUUGUUGCCUGAUUCCCUUCUGUGUGGACAGUUUGAAGGAUGUUACACACCACUGUCCAAACUGUAACUACGUUUUAGGAGUCCACAAGAGAAUCUAAAGCAGUUGUAAUUAGUAGUUGCAGAGCAGUUGUAUAACAUAUGUGCAUUUUUAAAGGAACAAAAUGUUACAGUGACUUAACCCAAAUACACAUAGGCAUAUGUAUACAUAUAUAUGUGUCUUUAAUAAAGGUCUGAAUACUGAUUGAUUUUCCCUAAAACUAGAUCAUUUUAAUCACAUUGUAAUAAUCUCUAUAAUAAUUUAUGUAAUAACACAUUUCCAUUUGUAAUAAGAACAUAUAUAGCACAACUAGUUUAUUAUGCAUAAUUACUGCUGUUCAGAAAGCAUAACCUUCUCGCUAUACUGUUACCUGCUUCGUGAUGAACGAAAUAUUAUGUAUACGUUUUCUCAGUUAAAACACCAAAAGUGUAUAUUUCACUUCAUUGUGACUUGUUGUAAUAUUGUGCAAAUUUUGUGAAGGCAUGGUGCAGCAGCAAAAUGAAUAAAAGCCACUAUCAGUCUCA